AUGGAACUUUCUGAAGUUGUUGCAAUUGUCACGGGCGGUGGUCAAGGCUUUGGACGCGCUUUUGCGGAAGAGAUUUUAUUUGGACAUGGGAAAGUCAUGAUCACAGACGUGAAUGUGCAAGAAUUGGAAGUUACAGGCAAGGAAUUGCAGCAACAAUUUGGUGAGAGCAAUGUGUGCUGGGAUCGCCAGAACGUCACGGAAAAGAAGAGUUUCUCGUGCGCUUUUGCGUACGCGAGCACGUACUUUGCACAACCUGUGAACGUGUUGGUCAAUAACGCCGGUAUUGCCGGCGAUAUGACGUUUUAUAAGCCAGACAGCACGACCUGGGAGGCCGUCGUGGAGAUCGACCUCGUUGCACUCAUUCGUGGCACGAAAUGCGCCAUUGCCGAGUUCAAACGCACACUUAAUGGCAAAGAAGGUGUCGUUGUGAACCUCGGUAGUAUGGCUGGACUGACUAGCGCACCAUUUGGACCUGAUUAUGCUGCUGCCAAGGCGGGUGUUGUGGGCUUUACACGCUCAUUGUACAUGCUCAAGAAAUCUGACAAUAUCCGUUGCUUUUGCAUGUGUCCGGGCUUUGCAGAGACAGAUAUGGGUCGCAAGGCUCAUGUUGCGGUCCCAGAGUACACCAAUAUGAUGGGUGGUCUCUUGCCUGUCAAGGUCGUCGUGGACGCCUUUUCUGCUGGUUUGCGCGAACCUGAUAAUUCGGGUCGUGUGCAACGCAUUAUGAAGAAGGACACCUCGUACUACCGUUUCCCUGGCGACAAGAUGCUCUUCCCUGAAUCCAAGUUGUAA